UUCUUCAAGACUCAAAAAGGUUCCGAUAGCUCUGUCCUCCUCGCAGACUUCGCCGACUGAAGAGUAGGGAAAGGCGACGAGGGAGACGGAGCUGGGGAAGGGAUAGAGAUGGUGGGGAGGAGAUCGAAGCCGGCGAAGGGAAAGGAGAAGGGCUUCGCGUGGAAGCUUCCGGUCGUCAAAACCGAGGACCUCGGCAAGCUCGGCCCUGGUCUCAGCUUCGGCGCCGGCUGCGGUGUGGGCGUCGGUAUCGGCCUCUUUGGAGGUGCAGGCCUAGGGGCCGGGUUUCCUGGCUUACAGUUUGGCAUUGGAGCUGGUGCCGGGUGUGGAAUAGGUUUAGGUUUUGGUUAUGGCAUGGGAAAAGGAGUUUCAUUUGAUGAGAAUGGAAAACACACAAAUGUGGGCAAGCUAUUCGAAGGAAAUCCCCCGUCUCGUGGUCAAAUUGGUGGUUUGAUUGAUGAGGCUGUAGUGACUGCCAAAAAUCUAGUUAAGGCUACUUCGCGGGAGAUUGAAAAAUGGAGGUGAAGAGAAUCUAAAGAAACCUGCUACUGCUAUUUCGGAAGAUCAUUUGCUUGCUGGGGCGUAGACUUAUCCAUGCAUGACUCUAGCUGUUUCUUUUUUUCGGGUUUUUGGUGUGUUUCAGUUAUAGCUUUUAAACUUCAUAUUUCUGUUGGUUAGAAUGUACCCUGUACAACUUCAGGCUUGCAGAUGAUAUUCUUUUGGUGAAGGGUCAGUAUUUUAGAUUGUUACAAGUAUUUACUCACUUUUUUAUCUAGUGAUAGUCUACAAAGGCAUA